CUGGGAUUACAGGCGUGGCCGCAGCACCCGGCCUAGAGCUAGGGUUAGUUUUGCAGGUACUGGGGACUGAAUCAGGGCCUUCAUCCUGAGCUACAUCCCAACACCACCCUCUUUUAAAUUUUGAGACAUGGUCUUGCUAAAUUGCGUAAGAUGGUAACUUGCCAAAUUGCCAACUUGCCAUGCGAUCCUCCUGUCUCAGCGUCCCAGAGUGCUGGGCUGACGAGUGUGCGCCACCAUGCCCGGCUUCAGAGCAGCAACUCCGGUUACUGUGGGUUUGUCAAAAAAGCCAAGUUUGACGGUGCCCAAGAGAAAUUCAACACCUACGUGACCCUGAAGGUGCAGAAUGUCAAGAGCACGACCAUCGCCGUGCGCGGCAGCCAGCCCAGCUGGGAGCAGGACUUCAUGUUCGAGAUCAACCGCCUGGACCUGGGGCUGACCGUGGAGGUGUGGAACAAGGGUCUCAUCUGGGACACCAUGGUGGGCACCGUGUGGAUCCCGCUGCGGACCAUCCGCCAGUCCAACGAGGAGGGCCCCGGGGAGUGGCUGACGCUGGACUCCCAGGUCAUCAUGGCCGACAGCGAGAUCUGCGGCACCAAAGACCCCACCUUCCACCGCAUCCUGCUGGACACGCGCUUCGAGCUGCCCCUGGACAUCCCCGAGGAGGAGGCGCGCUACUGGGCCAAGAAGCUGGAGCAGCUCAACGCCAUGCGCGAUCAGGACGAGUACUCCUUCCCAGAUGAGCAGAAGCCGCUGCCGGUGCCCAGCAGCCAGUGCUGCAACUGGAACUACUUCAACUGGGGAGAACAGAACGAUGACCCUGACAGUGCAGUGGACGACCGGGACAGCGACUACCGCAGCGAGACCAGCAACAGCAUCCCGCCGCCCUACUACACCACCUCCCAGCCCAAUGCCUCCGUGCACCAGUACUCUGUCCGCCCGCCGCCCCUAGGCUCCCGCGAGUCCUACAGCGACUCCAUGCAGAGCUACGAGGACUUCUCCGAGCCGCGGGCGCUCAGCCCCACGGGCAGCAGCCGCUACGCGUCGUCGGGCGAGCUGAGCCGAGGCAGCUCGCAGCUGAGCGAGGACUUCGACCCCGACGAGCAGAGCCUGCAGGGCUCGGAGCUGGAGGACGAGCGCGAGCGCGACUCGUACCAUUCGUGCCACAGCUCGGUGAGCUACCAGCAGGACUCGCCGCGCUGGGACCAGGACGCCGAGGAGCUGGACGAGGAGCUGGACGAGGAGCUGGACGAGGAGCUGGAGGACGAGGAGCUGGAGGACGAGGAGCUGGAGGACGAGGAGGAGGAGGCCGUGCCGGACGACCUGGCCAGCUUCGCCCCGCGCGAGGAGCCCGCGGUGGCCGAACCCAAGGACUUCAAGCGCGUGAGCCUCCCCGCAGCCGCGCCCGAGAAGGACGGCACGGGCCCCGCCCCGCCGGCCACGGGCCCCGGGAGGUCGCAAGGCGCUGCGGACCCGGGACGGAGCGGGGUGAGGCGGAGAGCCCGCAGGGCUCACCACACCCUCUGCCUCAGCUUCCGGCCGCGAGAAGAGGACGGCCAGGAAGGCCAGGACUCCAUGUCCAGAGCCAAGGCCAACUGGCUGCGCGCCUUCAACAAGGUGCGGAUGCAGCUGCAGGAGGCCCGGGGAGAAGGAGAGAUGUCCAAGUCCCUGUGGUUCAAGGGCGGCCCCGGGGGUGGCCUUAUCAUCAUCGACAGCAUGCCGGACAUCCGCAAGAGGAAGCCCAUCCCUCUCGUGAGUGACCUGGCCAUGUCCCUGGUGCAGUCCAGAAAGGCGGGCAUCACCUCGGCCCUGGCCUCCAGCACACUGAACAACGAGGAGCUGAAAAACCACGUUUACAAGAAGACCCUGCAAGCCUUAAUCUACCCCAUCUCGUGCACCACGCCGCACAACUUCGAGGUGUGGACGGCCACCACGCCCACCUACUGCUACGAGUGCGAGGGGCUGCUGUGGGGCAUCGCGCGCCAGGGCAUGCGCUGCACCGAGUGCGGCGUCAAGUGCCACGAGAAGUGCCAGGACCUGCUCAACGCCGACUGCCUGCAGCGGGCCGCGGAGAAGAGCUCCAAGCACGGCGCCGAGGACCGCACGCAGAACAUCAUCAUGGUGCUCAAGGACCGCAUGAAGAUCCGGGAGCGCAACAAGCCCGAGAUCUUCGAGCUCAUCCAGGAGAUCUUCGCGGUGACCAAGACGGCGCACACGCAGCAGAUGAAGGCCGUGAAGCAGAGCGUGCUGGACGGCACGUCCAAGUGGUCGGCCAAGAUCAGCAUCACGGUGGUCUGCGCCCAGGGCCUGCAGGCAAAGGACAAGACGGGGUCCAGCGACCCUUACGUCACUGUCCAGGUUGGGAAGACCAAGAAACGGACGAAAACCAUCUACGGGAACCUCAACCCCGUGUGGGAAGAGAAUUUCCACUUCGAAUGUCACAACUCUUCCGACCGCAUCAAGGUGCGCGUGUGGGACGAAGACGAUGACAUCAAGUCCCGCGUGAAGCAGAGGUUCAAGAGGGAGUCGGACGACUUCCUGGGGCAGACGAUCAUCGAGGUGCGGACGCUCAGCGGCGAGAUGGACGUGUGGUACAACCUGGACAAGAGGACUGACAAGUCAGCCGUGUCAGGUGCCAUCCGGCUGCACAUCAGCGUGGAGAUCAAGGGUGAAGAGAAGGUGGCCCCCUACCACGUCCAGUACACCUGCCUGCACGAGAACCUCUUCCACUUCGUGACGGACGUGCAGAACAACGGGGUCGUGAAGAUCCCGGAUGCCAAGGGGGAUGAUGCCUGGAAGGUUUACUACGAUGAGACGGCCCAGGAGAUCGUGGACGAGUUCGCCAUGCGCUACGGCGUGGAGUCCAUCUACCAAGCCAUGACCCACUUCGCCUGCCUGUCCUCCAAGUACAUGUGCCCCGGGGUGCCCGCCGUCAUGAGCACGCUGCUCGCCAACAUCAACGCCUACUACGCGCACACCACCGCCUCCACCAACGUGUCCGCCUCCGACCGCUUCGCCGCCUCCAACUUCGGGAAAGAGCGCUUCGUGAAGCUGCUGGACCAGCUGCACAACUCCCUGCGCAUCGACCUCUCCAUGUACCGGAACAACUUCCCAGCCAGCAGCCCGGAGAGACUGCAGGACCUCAAGUCCACUGUGGACCUUCUCACCAGCAUCACGUUCUUCCGGAUGAAGGUCCAAGAGCUCCAGAGCCCGCCCCGAGCCAGCCAGGUGGUGAAGGACUGUGUGAAAGCCUGCCUCAACUCCACCUACGAGUACAUCUUCAACAACUGCCACGAGCUCUACAGCCGCGAGUACCAGACGGACCCGGCCAAGAAGGGCGAGGUCCCCCCGGAGGAGCAGGGCCCCAGCAUCAAGAACCUCGACUUCUGGUCCAAGCUCAUCACCCUCAUCGUGUCCAUCAUUGAGGAGGACAAGAACUCCUACACCCCCUGCCUCAACCAGUUUCCCCAAGAGCUGAAUGUGGGAAAGAUCAGUGCCGAGGUGAUGUGGAAUCUGUUUGCCCAAGACAUGAAGUAUGCCAUGGAGGAGCACGACAAGCACCGCCUGUGCAAGAGCGCCGACUACAUGAACCUGCACUUCAAAGUCAAGUGGCUCUACAACGAGUACGUGGCCGAGCUGCCGGCCUUCAAGGACCGUGUGCCUGAGUACCCCACGUGGUUCGAGCCCUUCGUCAUCCAGUGGCUGGAUGAGAACGAGGAGGUGUCCCGGGACUUCCUGCACGGCGCCCUGGAGCGGGACAAGAAGGACGGGUUCCAGCAGACCUCAGAGCACGCCCUGUUCUCCUGCUCCGUGGUGGACGUCUUCUCCCAGCUCAACCAGAGCUUUGAGAUCAUCAAGAAGCUCGAGUGCCCCGACCCCCAGAUCGUGGGGCACUACAUGAGGCGCUUUGCCAAGACCAUCAGCAACGUGCUCCUCCAGUACGCAGACAUCAUCUCCAAGGACUUCGCCUCCUACUGCUCCAAGGAGAAGGAGAAAGUGCCCUGCAUCCUCAUGAACAACACCCAGCAGCUCCGGGUGCAGCUGGAGAAGAUGUUCGAGGCCAUGGGAGGGAAGGAGCUCGACACGGAGGCCAGCGACAUCCUGAAGGAGCUUCAAGUGAAACUCAACAACGUGCUGGACGAGCUCAGCCGGGUGUUCGCGACCAGCUUCCAGCCACACAUCGAAGAGUGCGUCAAGCAGAUGGGCGACAUCCUCAGCCAGGUGAAGGGCACGGGCAACGUGCCCGCCAGCGCCUGCAGCAGCGUGGCCCAGGACGCGGACAACGUGCUGCAGCCCAUCAUGGACCUGCUGGACAGCAACCUGACCCUCUUCGCCAAGAUCUGCGAGAAGACGGUACUGAAGCGGGUGCUGAAGGAGCUGUGGAAGCUGGUCAUGAACACCAUGGAGAAGACCAUCGUGCUGCCGCCGCUCACCGACCAGACAAUGAUCGGAACCCUCUUGAGAAAGCAUGGCAAGGGAUUAGAAAAGGGCAGGGCGAAACUGCCAAGCCACUCAGACGGGACCCAGAUGAUCUUCAACGCGGCCAAGGAGCUGGGCCAGCUCUCCAAACUCAAGGACCACAUGGUGCGAGAAGAGGCCAAGAGUCUGACCCCGAAGCAGUGUGCAGUGGUUGAGCUAGCCCUGGACACCAUCAAGCAAUACUUCCACGCGGGGGGCGUGGGCCUCAAGAAGACCUUCCUGGAGAAGAGCCCCGACCUGCAGUCUCUGCGCUACGCCCUGUCGCUCUACACGCAGGCCACCGACCUGCUCAUCAAGACCUUCGUGCAGACGCAGUCGGCGCAGGGCUCGGGCGUGGACGACCCUGUGGGCGAAGUCUCCGUCCACGUGGAGCUCUUCACCCACCCAGGAACCGGGGAGCAAAAGGUCACGGUGAAAGUGGUGGCUGCCAAUGACCUCAAGUGGCAGACUUCCGGCAUCUUCCGACCCUUCAUCGAGGUCAACAUCAUCGGGCCCCAGCUCAGCGAUAAGAAGCGCAAGUUCGCCACCAAAUCCAAGAACAACAGCUGGGCGCCGAAGUACAACGAGAGCUUCCAGUUCACGCUGAGCGCCGACGCAGGCCCCGAGUGCUACGAGCUGCAGGUGUGCGUCAAGGACUACUGCUUCGCGCGCGAGGACCGCACGGUGGGACUGGCUGUGCUGCAGCUGCGCGAGCUGGCCCAGCGCGGGAGCGCCGCCUGCUGGCUGCCGCUCGGCCGCCGCAUCCACAUGGACGACACGGGCCUCACGGUGUUGCGCAUCCUCUCGCAGCGCAGCAACGACGAGGUGGCCAAGGAGUUCGUCAAGCUCAAGUCCGACACGCGCUCUGCUGAGGAGGGCGGCGCCACGCCUGCGCAGUAGCGCGGGAAGAUGGGCGGGCGGUACUGCGCCUGCGCGGGGUGGGCGGGGCUUGCUGAGCGGACUGUGCCUUGCGUUCGGCGUGUCUCCGCCCUCGCGAGAAUUGAGGGGGAAGCCCCGCCCCUUUGGGUGCCCAUCCGGACACAAGGAAGAAGCCACAUCCCCUACCUGAGGCCACGCCCCCGCCGCCCCAGGGCCGUGGGCGGGGCUGGGCUGGCCGCCUCCUGUCCCCGGAAAAGCCAUAGACGGUCCCGGCCCGCCCGAGGCCGGCGCCGAGCACGGAGCCUCAGCCCCGC